CCUUCAUAUAGAAAGAAACUCCGUUCUAACAUACAUAACCCCGUCUUCAUCUCCACUAUUACUUAAAUCGAACAAAGUUGCUGACGGAGACAGCGCCCACCCAUUCCGAUCAAUCAAUCUUCUUCCUCCAUGGCUAUGCCGACCUCGAGCUCCACCUUCAUCGCUUCUUCUUACACUUCUCCUUCCCCGUUUCCAUGCCGGUCUAGGUUUCUGGAGCCGGAGUUCGUUGCUCAUCUCCCUCACCGCUGCUUUGGCGGUGGUGCUAGGCUUACUUUCUUGCGGAAAUGGAACAUCCUUAGUGCAUCAACCAAUGGUUUGAAUGCAGUCAGUCCAGCAUCAUUGAUGUUUGAUCAAGAUAAUGUGCCAAUGCCCAUAGUUCUCAUAGAUCAAGAUUCAGACUCCAAUGCAACAAUAGUGGAAGUCAGUUUUGGCGAUCGUCUUGGUGCUCUUAUUGAUACGAUGAGAGCAUUAAAAGAUUUGGGUUUGGAUGUGGCGAAAGGAACUGUUAGCACAGAGGGACCCGUCAAGCAAACAAAAUUCUAUCUGACAAGAUUAGACUCAGGCCGCAAAGUAGAAGAUCCUGAUUUGUUGGAGAGUAUUCGUUUAACCAUCAUCAACAACCUUUUGAAGUAUCACCCAGAAUCUAGUCAACAGCUUGCAAUGGGUGAGGCUUUUGGAAUUCAGCCUCCAGAGAAGAAGCUUGACGUUGAUAUUGCAACUCAUGUUCACGUGAAAGCUGAUGGACCUAAAAGGAGCCUACUUUGUUUAGAGACAGCAGACCGCCCUGGAUUGCUGCUUGAAGUUAUAAAAAUACUUGCGGAUAUCAAUAUCGAUGUUGAAUCAGCAGAGAUAGAUACAGAAGGGUUGGUCGCCAAGGACAAGUUUCAUGUCAGUUAUGGGGGAGCGGCACUGAAUAGUUCCUUAUCUCAGGUUGUGGUAAAUUGUCUACGUUACUACCUGCGGAGGCCGGAGACAGACAUAGAUAGUUACUAAGAUCUCAAAGGAACAACAUGAUCUUCAACGUAAGGUUUGAAAGUGUUUGAGAGGUCAUGCAAAAGUUGGAUCUCAAGUUCUCGUUGUUUCCCGAAUUUUCAUAAUUUGAAAUUUCGAGCUCCCAUAUGAUAAUAUUGUGAGCUGAUCAACUUCAAAGACCUUGUUUUCACUUGUAUAGAUUUGAAGAAUGGGAUAUUUCCACACAACAAAAUGCUAUCUUCCAUGUCUGUGUUAA